AUGGAACAGAAGAAGCCGCCCCGCCCGCAGCGACACAGCUUCAGCAAUCCCGCCGCCGUCACGACGACGAAGCAGCGGCCGGUGUGGGACUGCGACAGCGCCCUCUACGACUCCUUCGAGCUCCGAUCCUUCGAGAAGCAGCUCUCCUCCGCCAUCAACUCCCGGACCCUCUCCAUGCCCCAUUUGCCCGACCGCCGGGUCGCGCCCGACCCGGCCUCUUCCGCCACGUCCGAUCCGGUUUCCGAGGCGAAGAAGCGUGCCCAUACGACGCCGUUUAAGAUCUCGAAGUCCGUGCAGCGGUUUUUCAAGUCGGUGUUUGUAAGGCCGUCGUCCAGUGGUCACAAUCGGAGCGGCGAUAAGGAGCGGAGGUCUAGUGGGGUCUACUUUAUGUACGACAAGACCGGGGCGCUUUGCACGAUCCCCGAGGGUCCGGAGAGCGGCGGGGACAGUUUCGGGGUGGCGGCGGCGUCGCCGCCGGAUGUUAGUUCGCGGGUGGGGAGGAGCGCGUCGGAGAGGUUCACGGCGGCGACGGCGGUUGGUAUUUCAUGUGCAUGAAUUUAGUUAUUUUUUGUUUGGGUGUUUCAGCGGUUUCUUGUGGUAAU